AUUUGAACCCUUUUUCAUUAGGGCACAUUUAUGAAUGUUUCAGCAACGUGGAACAUUGUGACAGUCUGAGGUUGUUCAUCGUAGUUAUAGUUCCUACUUUCAUGAUAUCCUACUCUUCUAUAAAAAACAGUGAAUUUUACUAUUAAGUGUAGUCUGGUUUUGCAUAAUAUUUUUCUUCCAAUCUUCAGCCGGACUCAGGAACGACCAGCAACAGCCUUACAUAUGUUGGUUUUAUCUCAUAAUUUCUCUUGUUAGAUGAUAUCCGUGUGCACGUAGUAGUUUUCAAUGCUGUUUAAUAUUUGUUGGUGACAAGAUGGCACAUUUGUGUACACCUGAAGCCCAAUAAAAUUCAUUGAUUUUUCGCUCCCUAUUACGAUAUGGCAACUUGGGAUGAGGUACGAGAACUUGCCAACAAGCUCAAGAAGGCACAAGAUCAACCGAAUAUCUGCAGACUUUCUGAUAGAACAUGGGUUGACAUUAUUCGACAUUUGAUUUCUGUUAACAGAUUGAAGUUGAUCUUUUCAAAUGACGGACGCUCAUAUUUAACUCGAAGUGAACUUGACAAAGAGAUACGCGAUGAAGUUGAAGCACAUUCUGGCAGAAUAUCACUUACUGAACUAGCAUCAAAUCUUGAUGUGGAUUUCGAAAUUAUUGAGUCCAGAGUUCUUGAAUUGAUAGCUGCAGAUGUCCAGUGUCAAUCACCGUGUCGUCUAAUCAGUAUCCCAAGUGAAGUUGUUAACAGUUCCUAUGUACGACGUGUAGCUCAUGAAAUUCUGGAUAAACUAGAAGAGCAAGGUCAAACAAGCAUUGGUGAACUAACAACUAUAUUUGGUUUACCCACAACAUUUAUAUCGAAUAUUAUGCAAGAGUAUCAAAGUACUUUAUUUCGUGUGCAUAAAUAUGGGGAGAAGUACUUCACAGAUACAUUUCUCAAUGCUACUAAAGCGAAAAUCAGAGGGUAUUUCACCGGUGUUGUUCGUCCUGUUACUUUAAGUUCAGUGGCUACAAAACUUCAAGUACCUGAGAAUAUUGUUAGCAGUUCAGUUGCAAGUCUUAUAAGCACUGGUCGAUUGUGUGGCACUCUUAUUGCCAAUCGCAGUACAUUUGUUCCCCAGUGUUAUACUCACGCUGAAGAUACAUAUGUCAAUUCAUUUUACACACAGAAUGGAUAUGUUGAGUGGAAUUAUUUAAAACGACUGAAGAUUGCUGAUCCAGGCUCCUAUUUAAGGACUAAAAUUCCCAAUGCUGUACAUCUUCCAGGUCUUACAAUUAACGCCUUACUUGUUGAUCAAUUAAAAGCUCUCAUUACCGGUGUUAUUCGUGAUGUAUCUUGGGUAGAUUUGUCGCCUUAUAUUCCAAGUGGAUUAGAUUCAAAUGAAAGAUUCACACUUGUUAAUCCUUUGUUGAAAAACUUACCCGUGAAAUUGAUUGAUGAUGCCUACAUAAUUUCUGAUAAAUUUAUUGAAAAUUGUGAAUCUUAUCUGGACACAUAUACGAAGAAAAAAGCACAAACUGCCUUCCAUAGUGAACGUAGUGCAAUCCUAUCAAGUCCAGUGCAACAGCAGUCGACAGAAGUCAAUGCAGCUUCAAAACAAGGUGUUACAUCAUCCAAGGGUGGAUUUGGUUUCGGUGCCCGGGAAAUUAAAACUAAAAAUGUCAAGAAAAAGUAUAAUCCAAGUAAGCGUAAGGCUGAUGCUCAUGCAUCAGCAAAUAAUGCGGCAGAAAAUGAUAUCACCGGUGAUUCUAGUGAUUCUUCAUCCCUUAUUAAAGAAAUAUUUGCUCGUUAUAUCCUGAUAGAUGAAGUCAAAAGUAUUCUAUCUUCACAAUUACCAAAUGAUGUUCCAGAGGAUGUCAUCGAUCAAAUUUCUGACCUAUUAAUGCCUUCCUUACAACAGUCAUUCACACGGCAUAUUAAUUCUUUAAUUUCGCCUAGUGCAGAUACCAGUUUCGAUCGUCAAAAAAGAAUACAAACACAAGAAGUGGUGAAUAGUAUGCUUCUCAGUGUACAGCUGUUGGAGAAAGGAAUUUCAGCAAUAACUCGUGCAUCGCUAAAACGCCAACUACUAAUGCAUCUUUUGAAGAAUCAUGGUUUACUUAUUCUCCGACGAAUUUGUGAUCAUAUUGUUGACGAAUUCGGAAUCGCCUGGCCCGAAUCAACUGCUGCUACUCGCAAAAAUGACCAAUCGAAUCCAAAGACUUCUGAUUCAACUGAUGACAACCUUGCCGGUUCAAAUGUCGUUGAACCUUUAAGCAUUGAAUCAUUUCAUCGUGUAAUCGAUCUGUUGAAACGUACUGGCCUACCGGAUGCUACUGUCUUAAGCAGUUCAAUACAACAAGUUCUUGAUAGUUUGAAAAUUGGUCAAGACAAUCUCAACUCGCUUAGUGUAUUCUAUUCUCCACUAGAAAAUUUGUCAGUGAACAAUCUUGGCUUAACUAUCCCCGUAUUUCAUUCAUCGGAUAAUAAACGUGAACGUGAUGAACGACUCAAGUCGAAUGAAUUAGCUAUUCAAUAUGAAAUGCUAUUAAAAGAGUCUGUGUUGGAUAUUAAAACUUCUACUGAUCCACUGAAAACGAUAACAAAUGCAACUUUAGCUGCUACCUGUUUAUUCGCUCAAAUUAUUAUCGGUUGGCCUGUAACAGCGCCUGGAAAAUGUGUACCGGAGUUAAUUGAAUGGUUGUUUGAAGCUUCUAAAUUGAACGAAGACAAUGUAGACGACAAAAAUGGUGGUAGUAAAUCAAAUAAAUCGCAUUCAGCAGCUUUAAAGCUACUCCAGUCUUCUACAGUCUUGAAUGAUUUGAGUAAACUUGCUGCAUAUAUCUCGGAGAAAGUACGCUCUGGGCAUGCUUCUGAAGAUGAAUCCAAUAUUCAUACUUAUCUGAAAAAUAUGUUAGAAGUAGGCAGUCAAUGCAGAAAACAAUUGUAUGUGUAACAUACUCUGGAGGAUUCUUCGCUAUAUUAUAUCCAGUCUUUCUUUUCUUCCCUAAUUUAUUUGUCUUUCUUUCUAUGGUGGACAGUUAUUUCACUUAAAUAAUUCCAGUAUACUUUUUUGCAUAAUAUAUUUCUUCUACUUUUAGGCUGUAUAGCUUAUCGCUAGUUAUUCGUGUAACCGGUUGGUUCUGUAACCCUAAAACAUACUUCUUAUCGAUGGAUUAGAAGUUUUAGGCUCAGUUCUUCUACUGUUCAGCAGUUAUGACCCGAAUGUCUAUUCGCUGAAAUCUUUAACUUCCCCGUAAUAUUAGUUUCCAAAAGGUUUAUUGAACUAAUCUCAGAGUUUCUUGUGGUUGAACUUCUAGUAUAUGAUGCUAAAGGAUAGUGAGUCAAAACAGCAUAUUACCCACCUUUGUGGUCACAUUGGAAACGUGGGUACUAGACUGUGAUUACCUUUAGUCUACAUAAGUUUUCGUAUGAUUUCUUACCAGAACGUAAGUUUUGUUAAAAUGCUG